AUGAAGAAAAUAUUUGUUGUCAUAUUUGUAACAUUUUUAUUAUAUGUUAUGACUGUUCAAAGUCAAGCUACCAAAAAUCCCAAAACAACACCCAAAACAACACCCAAAACAACACCCAAAACAACGCCUAAAACGACACCCAAAACGACACCCAAAACGACACCUAAAACGGAAACACCUAAAGCAGAAACACCUAAAACGGAAAGACCAUUUAUACAUGAAUCGUCAACGCCAAAUACAGGCCCAGGAGUAUUAGAUUUCUAUUAUUUAAAUUGGGAAAAGUCAUAUAAUGCCGGUGAUAGUUUGUCAGUUCAAGUGAUACUCGACCCCGAUUCAACAGCUCCUCCAACAGUAUCACUAUCAUUGUUUGACGAAUUUAAUAAAGUAAAGUUAACCGACAUUUCUACUGAUGUGCCAUUAAAAUCACCAAAAACUGGUGUGCCAUUUUCAGUCUUUGAUUGGCCGAUUCCUAAAACAAUCAACUCGGAUUUUGAUUUCAGAGAUCGUUUUACCGUUGUAAUGUCGUGGAAAGAAGGUGCAGAUGAGUUUAUCAAGGAUAGACGUGUAAAGUUUGUCAAAGUGGUAGCUUCACCUGGCAAUUCACUUUUAGAUAUGGAUGGAUUAAGUUGGCCAAGUAUUGGUACUAAGCAAAGAUUAGAUGAAACAAAUGAUCAAAAAGAUGAACGUAAAAGAAAACUUGCCGAAGCUGUUAAAACAAUCAUAGAAUGCCUCGGUGAAGAUUCUGAACGUGAAGGUUUACUAAAAACUCCUGAUAGAUAUGCUCAAGCAUUAAUGUUCUUUUCAAAAGGAUACGAAGAAAGUAUUGAACAAAUCAUCAAUGAUGCAAUUUUUGAAGAAGAUCAUGAUGAAAUGGUGAUAGUAAAGAAUAUUGAUGUAUUUUCACUAUGUGAACAUCAUUUAGUUCCUUUUACUGGAAAGAUAAGUAUCGGAUAUAUUCCGAAUAGACGUGUUCUUGGUAUAUCAAAAUUAGCAAGAAUAGCAGAAAUGUUUUCAAGAAGACUUCAAGUACAAGAACGUUUAACUAAACAAAUUGCUGUGGCUUUAGAAGAAAUACUUAAACCACAAGGUGUUGCUGUUGUCUUGGAAGCAAAUCAUUUAUGUAUGGCAAUGCGUGGUGUACAGAAACCUGGAAGUACAACUGUAACAAGUGUUAUGUUGGGUGUAUUUAGAGAACAAGCUAAAACAAGAGAAGAAUUUUUGACUUUAAUAAGAACUUAA